GGCUUCCUUUUUUUUUUCUUCCUCUUUCCCCCCUCCCUCCCAGGCCGCUAGCGCCAGAGACCGGAGGAGCGCAGGCGCAGUCCGAGGUGGGUAGCACCAUCUGACUGAUGUUUCCCGGAAAAGCUGGAUUUUUACGGGCUCUCCGAAAAUAUCAUCGUGAUCGGCUAGGAGGAACUUUGGGAGAGGGAAGAGACACGCAGGAGCAUGGCGGCUUUGAACUGGAAGCCAUUUGUGUACGGAGGGCUGGCUUCCAUCACUGCAGAAUGUGGGACUUUCCCAAUCGAUCUGACGAAAACGCGGCUGCAGGUCCAAGGCCAGAAAAAUGAUGCCAAGCAUAAAGACAUCCGUUACCGUGGAAUGCUUCACGCGUUAGUGAAAAUAGUCAGGGAAGAAGGAUUGAAGGCUUUAUACUCUGGAAUUGCUCCGGCUAUGUUACGCCAGGCCUCUUACGGGACCAUAAAAAUAGGCACUUAUCAGAGCUUGAAAAGAAUAUUUAUUGAACGGCCCGAAGAUGAAACACUGGCUGUCAAUGUGUUGUGUGGGAUUCUGUCUGGGGUCGUUUCCUCUUCCAUUGCUAACCCCACCGAUGUGUUGAAGAUCAGGAUGCAAGCCCAAGGAAGUCUCAUCGAAGGCGGCAUGUUUGGGAACUUCAUGAAUAUUUAUCAGAACGAAGGUACCCGAGGCUUGUGGAAGGGAGUCUCUCUUACCGCUCAGAGAGCCGCGGUGGUGGUUGGUGUGGAGCUGCCCAUCUAUGAUCUCACCAAGAAGCACAUAAUCCUCAGCGGGUUCAUGGGAGACACAGUGUACACUCACUUUCUAGCAAGUUUCACAUGCGGCUUGGCGGGAGCUUUGGCAUCCAACCCCAUCGAUGUGGUGAGGACGCGGAUGAUGAAUCAGACAAGCUUACGAACGGGGCCCCAGCAUGGCUACAAGGGGACUCUAGACUGCUUGCUCCAGACCUGGAAGAACGAAGGUUUUUUUGCGUUGUACAAAGGAUUCUGGCCGAACUGGUUAAGGCUCGGGCCUUGGAAUAUAAUUUUCUUUUUGACUUAUGAACAGCUGAAGAAAUUGGAUUUCUGACAAGCUGAAAAUUGAAGAGGCCGUGUCUUCCGCUGGUGGUCUUAGGCCCUCAAGUGCUCUUUCGGGUAUCCAAGCUUGCAGAAUUGGUGAAAUUAAAUUGUUGUUGCAAAGAAAGUUGAAGCUCUCAAGCAUUACAGAACAGAAGAUAACUUGAGAGUGAAAGUCCUUAGCACUGGUUUGGCAUUUCAUCUUUCAUAAAUAUUACAAACAUUUUACUAUCGACACGUCUGAACGGGAGCGAGUGAAUUUAAUAAUUAGGUGCAGGGUUUCUUUCAGCCUUCGUUCAUUUAAAAAUAAGCUCUUUUCCAACAGCCAAUAAUUCAUGUGUUCACAACCUCAAGAAUCUGGAUUUUAUACCAAAGACUAGAUUGUGACUAAAGCCUAUUUUACAAAGCAUCCUAUUGUAUGGAGUAGCAUUGCAUAAAUAAUGUGCAAAACAUUUAUUUGCAAAACAACGUUGAACAUCCUUUUUCUCUUGAAACCCCUCAGUGGCAUUUCUUCUUCUUCUUCUUCUUUUUUUAAAAAAAUUAGCAUUACAUUAAUGCUGAAUUAAAUUCGUCACUGUGAGGUUUCAGCAAUGUCUUAAAAUACUUUGCCCCUAUCUGAUGAUUUGAGUAGACCUAAUCUCAAAUGUUUUUAUUUUAAAAAUAUUCCAUUGUGGGCAAUAGAUGAAUUCUCUGCAUAAACAUUACUUGACAGUGCUUUCUGAGAAAGUAUUAAACCGCUGCCCUUCUCAAUGUUUGGGACAAUAAUAACAUUAAGCAGUACAAGCAAUGUUGAGAUUAUGAAGGCCGAUUCAUAUAUGCAAAGUUAUGAAAUAUCUUCUAUGCCUGCUUGAAUAGACCUGAUUUUUCUUCCAUUUUCCUGGAUUUUGUCCAGAGAAACUACCGUAUUUUUUGGAGUAUAAGACGCACCUACCUUUCUUGGUGAGGAAAAGAAGAAAAAGAAAUCUCCCUCUGGCUCUGAGCAAUUUUGCCUCGGUACAGCAAACAGCCUGCUUUACUUUCAUUUUCGUUUUCAGCAUAGCUUGAUUAGCACAAGGAAAAAAAAAAUCUGCUCCAGCAAUUUACCUCCUUGCAGCAAGCAGCAGAGCCCUGCUAGCAAAACAGCUGAGAGCAAAUCAGCUGAGAGUCGGGAGGCUGAUCCAAUCAACUUGUGCUAAUUAGGCUGUGCUGAAGCUGAAAGUUGGUUUUUUCUUGCUAUUUGCUUGCAAGGAGAUAACUGCUGCGAAGCAGAGGCCAAAGGGUGGGGGCCAGUGGGUGGGCGGGGCUACAUUCAGUGUAUAAGACACACCUAAAUUUUCACCCCCUUUUAGGGGGGAAAAAGGUGUGUCUUAUACUCCGAAAAAUACGGUAAUAACACCUUAAGCACAGACAAUUGUUAGUGAUUGUUAAGAAGAAAACCCAAAGUCUUCGCUUCCCAAAGACUUCUGCCUUGUAUAUAAGCAAGUCUUUCUCCCACAAAAUAUUUAGAAAUAAAAUUGCCACAGGUGUGGGACCACUUGGAAAACUUCUGUCCAUCUCGGCUUCACCACACGGAUACACUGAAUUGUAUCAACCCAAUAGGAAUUUUAUAUACGUUUUCAGUUCUGCAUAAAAGUGAUUUUCAUAUAGGAUCGUAUGAACCUUUGAGCCGAAGGUGAUAAUUUGAGGUCGCUCCAUUUUGCUCCAAGAAAUUGGACAGUCAACUUGAGACGUCAGACCAGGCCACGUUGACGAAAUAUAUGUAUAUUUAUAUCUAUAUUUGACACAGAAAGGACAGUGUGGUCUUGUUUUGGAAAGAGCUUCAUUGAAAUCUGUAUGCUGACCAGGUCAGACUUACUGAAAGCAAAGGUUAAUAAUGUGUUUGUUACGUUAUGGUUUUAGAUUCUGAGAGCAUCUUUGUAGAAUAUGAGUAUAAUAAUAGUUUGUAAGUCGUAGAGACAAAGCUUUAAGUAUUUAUAUGGAAGUGGCUGAAAUAAUUUAUAAAUUCCAGCAACACACAGUUUAAAGAAUAUUGGUUUUUCUAUGCAAUGUUGAAGGUGCACAAGACACAUAUAUAUAUAUUGACAAAAGUGUCUUCCAUUAUAGGAUUUUAAAGGUUAAAAUGACAGAUUUUGGUCACUUUAUUAAGAGUGUGUGUCAAACGGGUACAAUAUUUUUGUUUGAAUUGCAGAACAAGUCGAGGUUUAAUCCAUGACAAUGGUCCAUGGAUUUUGAAUUCUAAGAUUCAGAUUUUAACAUGGUUAGAAUGGUUUUUUUUUGUAAAUUGUUCUGCAGUAUAUAUCGAGGCAAAACUAGAACAGCUUUUUUUUAAAAAAAAUUAGAAAACAAGAGCUAGUUUUUAUUACUAACACAUUUAUAUCGAAUUUAUAUUCAUGGGCACAAACAGCUUGAAUGGAGUUGCAGAUGCACCUGUACUUCGUUUUUGUUUUACCAGUAAAAAAAAAGUCAAUUUUUUAUUAAUAAUAUAUAUAUACAGUAGAUGUCUGGUAGAAGUCACAUAUGUUACUUAGCCUCCCUUCCCCAGCAAACUUCCUUGAUGGCAGCUUGGUACGUCCAUGCCAAAAUGUAAUCUGUAUUUUUCAAAAAAAUAUGUUUUUUCCCCCAUGAUGUGAGUAGCAGAUUCAGCUCUACUUUUCCACCCAGAUCACAAAGAAUGAUUUACUGGAGGGGUAUCCAAUUUUGGCAACUUCAAGAUCUGUGGAUUUCAACUCCCAGAAUUCUCUGCUGGCUGGGGGAUUCUGGCUGGGGGAUUCUGGGAGUUGAAGUCCACAGGUCUUAAAGUUGCCAAGGUUUAGUGUAUUGGACUGGAUGAAUAUUUGGCUGUACUUAAAACCCUCGCAAUAAAUGUCCAAGGGAUUGUGCGAGUUUCACAUGGUACUUCAUCCUUGGAUCAACAUUCCAGCAGCAGCUUCAACCUAUUGUGUGUUUAGCAAAGUCCUUCAUGCAAAAUGUGCCACACAUCCAUCAAAAACCCAAGAAGAUCUGAGAUCCAAAAUACAGAGGAAUGUAGGCUCUGGAAACCUCUUCUGGAAAUACAGGCCCAAAAGGAUUAAACUGUAGUGAUUACCAAAGAAUGACCCGGUGAUCUAAGACAUUUGGUUUCAUAAACAGCGCAAGCUGGCUGUUCAGAAAUGUUUGCCGGAAUUACUUUGGAGAGAUUUGUGCCGGUAAGGGGCCGUGUUUUAAACCACAUUCUUGCUAAAUUAAAAUGUUAAUUCCUUCUCUUGCUGCUCCAUCGAAUUCUUAGAAUGGUGCAUUAAAAUGAAAGCAGUUGGUUCAAUGCCAGCAUUCUUUUUCUUCAAAAAUUGUUAACAGCUAUUAUUCUGUUAAUGCCCCAUUUAAAUGUUUAUUUGCGAGACUGUUAAUGGCUAUUGCAGUAGUAGUAUUUAUUUGUGCACAUCCUGCACUGCUUGAUAAUAUGCUGUCAUUCUUUUGAAUGUUCAGACUUUGUUUCAGUAAGAAGAAAAAUCGUCUAGAUAUUUUUUUUUAAGAUCAUACAGAACAUUGCUGCCACGUUUCUUAAUGCCUUCCUAUCAGGGAGAAGUUUUGACUUGGUUGUAUCUAUAUUUGCAAGAAUAAACUUCGUUAUUUUGUUUUA